UUUUUUCUUUCUUUACACUUUCCAAGAUAGUUGUUCUUCUCUUACGAUAUUCUCAUGAAUACUAUUGAUCCCGCCUCUGCAAACUUUACAGUGGAGCCAACACGCAGGGCGUACCCGCGACAACCCUUGAUACCUAAUAUUAUUCUAAUUCAGUUGAAAGAACAGUUGCAUUGACUUCCGCCCUCACAUUUGCCUUUUUUUUUUCAGGGAAUUCCUGCCCAUUUGCCGAUAUGCAGUCAGUGGUGUUCUUUGACCUGGAGACCACGGGAUUGGACACCAAGCGAUGUGAUAUCAUCCAGCUGGCGGCCAUCAGCGGAGAUGACACCUUCAACAUGUACAUGAUGCCUCAGGUCGCCAUCGACAGAGGGGCCACGGCGGUCACAGGCUUCAGGGUCCAUAAUGGCAAACUCUUCCAGAACGGUAGAGCUAUGAACACCGCCAUCUUGCACGAGGCCCUGACCUCCUUCCUUGACUUCCUGUGGUCCUUAGAGCAGCCCGUGCUGCUGGCCGCGCACAACGCCAGACGCUUUGACAUACCUGUACUGGACAGGGCGCUAUUCAGGUGUUCCCUCGACGAGGAGUUCCAGCAGCUGGGCUCCAGAUUCUUGGACACCUUACCGCUCAGUAAGACGCUGUAUCCAAGGUUAGGCAGCCAUUCACUAGUGAAUCUGUCUGACCACUUCCUGGGAAAACGCUACAAUGCCCAUGAUGCAUUGGAGGAUGUUACAGCUCUGCAGGAGCUGUACUAUUGUUGGAAUCUCAAACCACGCUAUGUGGCUCGAUGGUCAUUCUAGCAGCCGCUAGAUCUAUUUCGCAUUGUUGUUUAAUAAACCCAGCUUAAAACCAACCAAUCUUUUUUAAUUGUCUCAUUGAAGGUCAAUGGAUGGCCCUAUGCCGUUGGUUAGUCUAGUUAUUUCACUUUAAAAAGUAUAUCUCUGGCUUUAGCCUUCCUGCUAUGAAUUUCACACCGUAUUGUCCCAUGGUGUGACGAGUUUGCAGCUUUUACCAAAAAUUCCUAGGUGGCCCCUCCAACCAACUUUCAUCACUAUUAUGUUAGAAAUAAUCUGCCCCAAACAGUGUCUUGUACAAAAACAUUUUAUUCUGAAAAAAUAUAUAAAAAAAACAAUUAAAUAUUAAUAAAAUUAUAAGGCCAUACAUAAUGUAGUCAUGCAAACUCAUAAGAGGGGAAAUGUCCGAAAACAAACCCCUUUAGGGGGGUCUGGGUGCAAUACCCCCCAGAAGAUUUUUUUGUGAUUUGAAAAUGUAAAAGAAGCACUCUGGUAUAUUUUGGUGAAGAGAAUUUCAGGACUUAAAGACAACUUUUAUUUCAGUUCAAAUGAUGGAAAGUACUUCCACUUCUAUUUUAACUUUGUAUUUAUUGCUUACAUGUCCAAAACAAAGGCAAUCAAUCAAUUUCCAUUAUAUUAUAAAUAAUCCAAGCCAAAACAGUGUCUUGUACAAAAACCUUUUAUUUAAAAAAAAUAUCUAUAACAUCUUAACCACUUAGUCUUCGGGACAUUUUUUUGUUUUUGCACUGCGCCUACUCUAGAGAGCACUGCUCCUUUAUAAUAUGACCUCCAAUCACAUGCUUGGUCUCUUUGGAAAGCUGAGAACCUGUAGAAUUGUAUGACAUUAUACAGAAUAACUGUAUCAUGCACUGACACAGUGCUGGGAAGGUUAGAAUAUUGUUUUUCCUUCCAGCCGGUUACACACAGCUCUAAACCCAAGCUGAUUGUAGUACCCGGGGUAACUCCAUAUCCCUUGGAAACACUACUGAGCCCUAGCCCUAGGUCUUGUGAUGCUGUGUGUAAAAGCAGAUCAACAAAGCAUAAAAGAUGAAGUCUCCAGCUCCUUUUAUGUAAUGAUAUGCCCAUUCGUUUUGGUCAGGGUCCUUUUGGAGACUCCAAAAGGACACCUUACCGCUCAGUCUAUCCGGGGUUAGUCAGCCAUUCACUAGUGAGGCUGUCGAACCACUUCCUGGGGAGACGCUACAAUGCCCACGAUGCAUUGGAGGAUGUUAUGGCUCUGCAGGAGCUAUACAAUUGGUUGGAUCCCGACCCACGCGAUGGGUCAUUUUUUUCAUUCUGAUCUGGUUGACUUAUUGACGACAGAGUUGAUGGUCCAUUCAUGUUAACAUUAGGCAAGGCAAGGCAACUUUAUUUAUAUAGAAUUUAAAAACUGCAAAGUUAAAAACUGCAUUGUAAACAGCAAUGUAUGUAUGCAAGUAACCCUAACCCUAAUAGCAAACAAAGUUAACAUUUACUUCUGUUUUUCUUGGUUUAUAAUUCUUUUUAUGUAUCCGUUAAUCUAUUUUGUAUUGUUGUUUAUUAAACCAUGCUCAAAACCAACCAAUCUUUGUUAAUUGAAGGUCAAUGGAAGGCCCUAUGCCAUUGUUAGUCUACCUGUACUCACCAUACCUGUUGGCCUACCUGUAAUGGACAGCACUGGUGGUUCUGAGGGGUGGCCCUGUCUAAAUGUGUAUUGUAUGAAUAUUUAUUUUUUUGCCAAUGAUGAUAGACAGACUAAUAACGCCACCUCACUAUUCUUUUCAAUUAAGAAAUGUCUAAACCUUAUUUUUUAAUAAUUAAUGUGGCAAUAAAAAAGAAAGAAACAGGAAAUGUAAAUAGGCCCUAUUCAGGGUUCCUAUUCAAGUUGUACGUCUGAGAGUCUUUCCAAAGAUUUGUAGUUAAUUUCCUAAAUUCAAGUCAAUAAUUGCGACAUUUUUUUUGCUUAAAGAGAUACUUCACCGGUGGGAAUAUGAAGGUUUUAUGAAUUAAAUAAUUCAAUGUAUUAUCAAUGUGAAAAAAAAUUGAAAUCGGUUCAUCCUAGCCUGAAAAAAGGCAGAAAGAGUGUUUUCAUGGUCUCUCUGGCUCAAAGUAAGAAAACCUCCAACUACCACAGUGCAUUGCGCUCGCUGCCCCACCCACCUGUCCGGUCUCCCGUCCC